AUGCGGCGUGAGCUGGGGAACGGCGGCAGGGAGCUGCGAGCGGCGGAGGAGGACUCCAGCAACUCCUUCAUCUGCGUCCUGAAGAAGAUGAAGGAAGUGCGGCUGGUGGAGGAGGCCGUGCAGGAGACGGAGGAGUCCUUCACCCAGAGCAUGGAGGCCCUGGCUGAGCAGUGGAGGGACCUGCACGCCAGGAGGGCCCAGCUGAAAGCACACGUGGUGGCAUCGGGGGCGACUGUAAAGGAGAAGGAAAGGCUACGAACCCAAGCUCUGAAGAAAGCCAAAGAAGAGAAAGAGGAGAAUUCAAAAAAGGAGAGUGAGGUCUUGAGGGCUAGGAUGGAACUGGAAGCCCUGAGGAAACAGCACCAGAAGCUCUCAAAGAAAUUGCAGAAGUACUCCCUGUUCAAGAGGUACCUGGAGGAUGUGGUGGAGAACUCACAGUUCCAUGACAUCGAUGACCUCAUCACCUACUACAAGGCCCUGCUGAGGACACGCAAGGACCUGCUGCAGUCCCAGUGGUGGCAGCGGCAGCUGACGGAGCAGGGCAAGAGCCUGCAGCAGCAGAUCAGGGCAGAGAAGGAGGCUGAGAUGCUUCAGUGCAAGAACGACCUCCUGCAGCUCAAGGAAUCUUUUGAGCAGGCUCAGAGUGACAUCCGCCAGUGGGAGGAUCGCUGGGCCGAGCUGCAGGACAGGGCUGCCAGGAAGGCCACGGAGCUGAAGUGCCUCACCAUGGCCAUCCACAGCCUGUUCCAGGCCGCCAGCGCGCGGCUGCAGCCGCAGGGCAGGGUGGCAGCUGGGGACAGCCACAGGCAGCUGGACACGAUCCAGCAGUUCAUCCACGACCUCCAGGACUUCACGGAGGACAUGAAGGAGCGUGGCCGAGCUCUGUGA